CUUCAGUCUAACUUCGUUUCUUUAGUUCCUCCAUUAUUAUUAGUUGAUUCGAAGAUAUUUUCUUCUUCUUCUUUGGGUCCAAUUCUACUCUAACUGAAUCGCCUCCACUUUCUGCCGCUGCCCACCGCUCAACAAUCCGCCUCUCCCGUGACCUGUUUCCUCGCGUCGACCGCCACCAGACGUGUUACUGUGUAGAAAACGUGUUGUACAGGCUCAACAGGAUCUCUUGCUGACGGAGAGACACUGGAGAUGCUGUCGCAGUGUGCCCACUAUGGGCUCACUACAUGAAGCAAAUUCAAGCGCUGUGCGCAAAAGGAUCGAAGGCCAUACGUUCGAUAAUGAGGAGGGCGAGGAAUAUGAAGCCUCUCGAUUCGGGGGGUUUGGAGACUAUAUGCGGAGGAAGAAGAUCAAACUCCAGAAUCUAGACGCGGAAAUUCGAGCUUCGUCCCCCGGCAAGCCGCCGAUUUUUCGCGGGGUCGUCGCCUAUGUCAAUGGCUACACGCAACCCUCAUUAAACGACAUCCAUAACUUGAUCGUGAGUCACGGCGGAGGUUUUCUGCAAUAUCUCGAUGGGAAGACGGUCGCGACUCAUAUUAUCGCCAGCUCCCUAACGCCAAAAAAGCGGGAGGAAUUUCGCAGAUACCGCAUAGUGAAGCCAGCCUGGGUGGUCGACAGUAUCAAAGCUGGGCGGCUGUUGCCAUGGGAUGGCUAUCGCGUCGUGGAUGAAGGCCAGUCGCAGAAGGUCCUGAAAUUUGACUCUGGUCGCCUAUCGAGCCAGGCAAAUAUCCAGAAACAAGGCUACAAAGACCAGUCUGAUGCUAGCUGGUACACAUCUCAGCUCAAAGGCCAGGGCAGAGUCAGUGAGGACGUGAGAAGCCCGAUCUCUUCUCCUCCCACACGUGGUGAUGCCACACCAGUUCCUCCAGCUUCGAGCACUGGAAAGGAAUCUGAUUAUGGGGAGUUUCCUAGCAUGGAGUCGUUGACUGACAAUCGAGAUCCUCCAACCACUCCAAAACAAGCGACAGGGCCAGUAGAUGAAGAGGAGUCAGUGUUGAGGGAUCCUUUAGAGCAAUCUGCUCCUGUUUUUGAGCCCCCGCCAGAAGAUACACCUGCCCCGAUGGAGAUGCCCCUCAUCCGCGAACCCAUAGCUGCAAGACCCGGAAUAACGCCCGAAGAAUACAAUGCGCAGCUGCUGUCCGAUCCUCGCAUGAGAAAUUCAAGUGUAAUGAAUCCUGAGUUUGUCCAACAGUUCUACCGGGAGUCGCGCUUGCAUCAUCUUUCAACGUGGAAAGCCGAGCUGAAAGCACAGCUUCAGGCGGCUACUCAUGAGAAGUUACAGUCACAAGCUGCUAAGAAAAAGAGACUUCCUGGAGCACGUAGAUAUAUCUUGCAUGUGGAUUUUGACAGUUUCUUCGCUGCUGUCUCGAUCCAGAAGCGCCCAGAGCUUAUUGACAAGCCUGUCGCUGUGGCCCACGGAACCGGAAAUGGUUCUGAGAUCGCGAGCUGCAACUAUCCGGCUCGUGCAUACGGGAUCAAGAACGGCAUGUGGAUGAAAGGUGCGCUGCAGAUGUGUCCUGAUCUGCACGUGGUACCGUAUGACUUUCCUGCCUACGAAGAAGCCAGUCGCAAGUUCUACAGUUCAAUCCUAGCUAUCGAAGGUGUUGUCCAGAGUGUUAGUAUCGAUGAAGCUCUGGUGGACAUAACAAUGCAGUGCCUUGAAGCCGGGGGUUCGGACGGUAGAGGCAUUUCCGAGGGGUCCAUCUAUAGGGAGCAAGCCAGAGCCGAUGCGGUUGCUGCUCAGCUACGAGCUGCCGUAAAAGAGAAGACCGGAUGCGCCGUCUCUGUCGGUAUCGGAGGUAAUAUCCUCCAGGCCAAGGUUGCUUUGAGGAAGGCGAAGCCUGCAGGCCAGUUCUACCUCAAACCCGACGCUGUCCUGGAUUUUAUCGGGAACUUGACAGUACAAGAUCUCCCUGGUGUUGCGUAUAGUAUAGGUGGGAAGCUGGAGGAGCUUGGAGUGACGUACGUGAAAGACAUCAGGGAGCUAUCCAGAGACAAACUGGUCUCGGCCCUCGGUCCCAAAACUGGGAUCAAACUAUGGGAGUAUGCGCGCGGAAUCGAUCGUACUGAAGUCGGGACAGAGGUCAUGAGGAAAUCGGUAUCUGCUGAGAUAAACUGGGGAAUCAGAUUCGUCACUCAAGCUCAGGCCGAGGAGUUUGUACACAAUCUUUGCGGCGAACUCCACCGUCGCCUCGUGGAGAAUCUUGUCAAAGGGAGACAGCUGACGAUGAGGAUCAUGCGGAGGUCCGCAGAUGCUCCUUUGGAACCCGUGAAGCACCUUGGCCAUGGGAAAUGUGAUGUGUUCAACAAAAGCAUCAUCCUUGGGGUUGCUACUAACGCCAAGGACGUAAUUGCGAAGGAAGCCGUUUCGAUCCUCAGAGGCUUCAACUUUUCCCCUGGAGAUUUGCGAGGUUUGGGGGUUCAGAUGACCAAGCUGGAGCCUGUGAAGAGCUUGCAAAGCAGUCAACAACAGCUAAACUUCAAGAUGUCUCCAGUCCGUCCCAAGAGCGAGCCAAAGCCAAUGGCCGAUCCAGAUGAGGUUGACAGUCCACGCAAGGGUGACCGUUCCGCCUUGUCUGAGAUUUCAAGUGCUGUCUCCCAUGCGCCAUCCCUGAAUGACAGUACACAGAAGCCUCUCAAUCUCACCGGUACUCAGUUUAUCCUGCCAAGCCAGGCAGAUCCUGAGGUGGUGGCCGAACUUCCCGGGGACAUACGGUCACGAUUUGUGUCCAGGUCGAAGUCUGGUCCGGAAAAUACUCGUUCAGAAUCUCCUACACCAUCGUCUCGCCGUGGGACCGCUGCGAGAAGCGUGGAACUCCCUCCCCAAUCCCAGUUAGACCCGGAUACUCUCAAUGCCCUUCCUGAAGACGUACGUUCUGAAAUCCUUGCUUAUUAUGGCCGACCAUCCGCGAGGACGGGGUCAGUCCCUACUGCGCCUUCAUCACGACCGCAGUCCUCUGGCAGCUCUGGAUUGAAGGUCACAACUCCAACAAAGAAACGGCGAGGCCGGCCCCCAUCUAAAGGCCUCAAAGUUUCAGGGAACGCUACACUAACUCAGUCCAACUUUAUCCGAAUCAGACCGUCGAGUUCCGCUGCCGGUCCAGCAGAUAGCAUAUCCCACCGACAGGCAUCUCCACAAGUUGAUGAACCUGUCGAAAUAUCCGAGGACUUUCUUGCGGCUCUACCAGAGGAUAUCCGCCAUGAAGUCCUGGAAGAGCAAAAGCGAAUUCGUAUGCAGCAACGUUCCGCAAUGAGCGUCCCAGCCACAAGAAGGCCAGUACAGCCGAAGCCCGCAACCCCAGUCACCGUUGGACAGAAGCGUCUUCAGCUCCCUCCACGUCCAGAGAGGCCUACUUUUACAUCAAAGAAGCUAUCCACACUACCAGAACUCCGGGAAGCCCUCAGUGCCUGGUACUCUUCUUUCAGCACAGAUGGCCCAUUCGCUGAAGAUGUCGAAGCUCUAUCAAAAUACCUCCGACGUGUGGUCUUGGAAGAGAAAGACAUCGACAAAGCAGUCUCAGUGACUGAAUGGCUUUGCUGGUUAAUAUCCGACGGCCAUCAGAACAACCAGGAGUCAACGACGAGCGAUACCCCAGAGAAUAAAGAUACAAAUGCUCAAUCUUACCAAGCAUGGACUACUGCUCUCGAAAUGGUCCAGGAGAGCGUACAAGCUGCUGUACAGGAAAGAGGACUUCCGCCCGUUGAGUUUUCAUCGUAAUCAUGAAUGACUAUUGUCCUUCUUUCAUAUGUACUGUACAUAUAUACUAUUACCAAAUACCCCCAAAUCUUUGUCUAUAAUAGUUAGUUCAUUGGAUUGCCUCGCAACGGCUGAUUCUUGGACACAUACGAAUAUCACGAUUGAUGACCGUCCAUUUCAUAUCCAUAAAGAUAGAUAUUAUACAAUCUCGACAAGAGAAUAGAUAAUCCCUUUGAUGAACUCUUCUAAUCAGGCGUUGUCUACUUUUCCGUACGUCACCAAAUGCUUCUCUGUCCAACUAGGAAGUGACCAUGCGUCCAAACACCACUGGACCCCAUCUCCAAGCAGGUAAUUACUAACCACGUAGCUAAUAGCUACCUAAGAUGGUUCAAUAGGA